GUCCAAAAUGUAAUAGAAAUUCAAAUCAAGAAACCGUUCAUCGGUAUUGGUCCAGUGGCUUGGUUUAUUAGUACUGAAUUAGUCAACACAUCUGCCAGUUCUCGAGUUUUGUCGCUAUCAAUCUCGGCUCAAUAUUUUACUUGUUUUUUAUGCCCAGUGAUUUAUUCUCCCUUAGAAGAGCUAACUGGUGCAUUUAGUUUUCUUCUUUUUAUUAUUCCAUUGAGUUUAUCCUCGAUCUACUUCUAUAAAUGUUUGCCAGAAACUCGAAAAAUACCAGCAACAGAAAAUCGUGCUUUCCUGGAAGGGGUCCAUUAUCCUUGUGCAAAACAAUUAAAUAAUAUUUAA